AUGUCCCUCUCAGGGGAGGCAGUUCUUUAUGCCACGAGCCCAAGUGAUAAAGUGGCACAGGAGACGGCUCGGAGAGAAAGGCGGCGGAGAAAAGUUGUUAAAGAACUCUUUGACACAGAGAGAACAUACCUACGUCACUUGGAGCUAGUCAAUAAGGUUGAGAUAUUAUAUUCAAAGGAGUUACAUUCAAUAAUAUAUUAAUAAUGAAAAGUUUAUUACUGGUUUGCUUGAUGUUUAAAAAUUUAAUUAUAUUUUGUAUUAGCCAUUAUAAAAAUCCACCCACAAUUUCUGUUAGGAAGCACAAGCUGCAAUGAAAUGUUAUUCUGUUCAAAUUUCAGUUUUUUGACUUCCCUUUGAGAUUCGCAUGUCUUGUACCUGAUGAUGUACAUGCCAGGCUGUUCAGCAACCUGGAACAAAUCCGAGAGGUUAAUGUUACGUUACUAGAGACAUUGGAACAGACGACGGUAGGUCAAGCUUUCUCCCAACUUGCACCAUUUCUCAAGCUGUACUCCACGUAUGCCAACAAUCACCAGUACGCACUGAAUACACUACAGGUUAGUGUUUUAGCUAUCUUCUUCUUAAUUUUUCUGCAAAUUUUAGGAUGUGAAUUUCUGUUAGUUUAUAGUCCAAAUACUCGAGCAACAUUUUUUCCUGGUAUACCACAGGAUUUUUGAACCAUCUUACUUAUCCUGUGUCUUAAACCGAGUUGCCCAUAAAUACAUGUUAAACCUAAUUCUGAAAAGUUUAAUGAAAUAAUGCUUUGCCAUUUCAAGAAUAAAACUGCAGUCAUAAAAAUAAAAAUUCACCUGAAAUGCUAGUAUAUUAACACCCCCCCCCCCCCAACGCGAAAUAAAAAAAAAAAAUCACCCCAAAAGCUAUUUUAUAAAAACCCCCCCCCCCCCCCCAACGCGAAAUAAAGUAUAUGCUAUAUUUAAAUCUUUUCAUCAGGAAUGGCAGGCCAAAAGUCCUGACUUUACAGCUUUUAUAGCCAGACAAGAAGAUCGCCCAGAGGUGAUGGGCCUUAAACUCAAUGCACUCUUGAUAACACCUGUUCAGCGCAUUCCGAGGUAUGUGUUGGUGGGGGAAAUUUGGGAAGCCCUGGGUUACUUCAAACUGAUGCGUCAUUGCUGCACCCUUCAGUAAAUUGACCAGUAAAAUCAUUCACUUAAUUAGGUUUUUAAAAAAAAAUUAAAAAGGAAUAUAUUCAUUGUAAAUUUUGUAUUUUUAACAAAAGAAAAAUCAUGUCAGUGAAUUUACCCUCUCCCAUACAAUCAGGUACAAGAUGCUGUUGGAAGAGCUGUUAAAGAACACACCAAAUCAACAUCAUGACUACAUAAGUCUUUCCGGUUGGUCUUUUUGUAUUUAAACUUGAUUUUCAUUGUACAUGUCCUCAAACUAGUUGCCCACCCCUUGUAAACUUGUAUACUGCAGACCUGUUUACUUUUACAAUUUUAGCGUACAAUGUACGAUUUUGAGAUGUAUACAUUAUAUAUAUUAUAUGUUUAUUUUUUACUAUUAAGAUAAUGUAUUAACAAUUUUGUGAUGAUAUACGAUUUUAAGAGUUUGAGGAUAAACAGGUCUGAUACUGCUGAUUAUUAUUAAGACAUGCUUUUUACAAAAUCAAUGGAAAUCAGUAUGCAGAAAGCAUGUUGAAGAUGUCUGUCAUGCACAUGUGUGAUUUACAUUGAUUUUUUUAUUUCAGAGGCAGCUGAGAAAAUUGCUGAAAUCGCUUCUCACAUCAAUGAGCACAUACGUCAGAAUGAGAACUUUAUGAAGAUGUUGGCCAUUCAGAGGAGUUUUGACAGCUCAGCCCCCAAGCUAUUGGCCCCUGGUCGACAGUUCAUCAAAGAGGGUCCCCUGAAAAAGGUAACUAGAACACAAAAAUCAUCACCAAUUUAAUUUGCUCAUGUUCCAUUGUUUUUGAUUUGAUUUUUUAAAACCAUGUUUCAAUAAAAAUGAGAGAUACUUGUUGUAUAAUGAUGAGGUUAAUUUAGUUUUCCCCAAAUUCUUACCCCUAAAAAAAUGUUGGUGUUGGGAGGGAGGUAAGCAUGAUUAGUUGAAAAAAAAACUAUUUUCCCCAUUGUCAUUAAUGCCCCAAAAAUAGAUUAGAGAAAGCUAAAUUAUGAUGCUUUUAAAUUUAACUUCAUGUCAUUUAUUUAGUAUGGCUAGGGCUUUUCAAAAAGUGCCAACUGCCCAAAUUACAAUGGGGAUUCUAGAUCUGAACAAGUUAAGAGUGUGUAUUCUAGAUUUGAACAAAUUUGUUCAUCAUUUGAACUACUUUUUUUUCCACCCCUCUAGGUGUCCCGGAAAGGUGGAAAAUCUUACGAACGCAUGUUCUUCCUUUUCUCUGACAUCCUCCUGUAUGGCAAACCGAAAUUCCUUGACGGAGGAGGGAAGCUCUACACGUGCUCGUGUGUGCUUCCUCUUCGGCACUGCAAGGUUGAACCUGUGUUUAUCACUAGCUUUAGCAAGUCCGACACUGGUGGUGUUUUUAGAGUAAGUAGAUCUUCAUGUCUAUUUUGACACACUGAGAUUGAAAAGUUUCCUUCAAUCGGCAACACUACUCACAAAUUCAAGAUUUUUUUUUAUUGACUUGGUGAAAUAAAAAAAAUAUAAUGUAACCUAAAACAAAAAACAAUAUAUCAGUUUUAUCUAAAUAAAAAAAAGUUUUUAAAUAUUGGUUUCAUAAAAAGCUGAAGAAAGUUAAGUUUAUUAGUUGGGAAUAUCAUAGCAUCAAGUUAUGUUCAAUUUUCAUUAGCGCUUUAAGGACAACAUUUGUAUGAUUUCCAUUCAAUGUGUUUGUAAAUGGUGUAUUGGGUUCUGUUUGCAGCUGACGUGCAAAGAAGAAAGUCUUGUCUUGUACUCAGAGGACAGAAAAAAUGCCAAGGACUGGAGCGAAGAAGUGGAUAAAGCAAUAAGGUAGAUUCACUUUAUUCGGGUCCUGUUUGUUAUAUACCAUAUAGACUGAGACUCUUUCACAAUAUUAGACUUUAGUCUAGUGAUUACAAAAUGUUCAUUUAGGAACGAAGCUUAAACAAUUUAUCAAAUAAGUUUUAACGUUUCUAUUAGAAAGUGGGUAUAAUUUUCUGCGUGGGAAAUUACACGUUAAUGAUUUAACUUUAAUGUGUCUUCAUAAUUUAUCAGCUAUAUUACACGUUUACUUAAAUGAAAUAAAUUUAAAAUAAAUUCAUCAUUUUCUUGCAGAAAAAUAUGUGAUGAUCGACAAACCUUGCGUAAACCCAGCAGCAAUAAAAUCCCACUUCGAGGUCGAUCGCUUCGAAGGCACCGGAAGGAGCAGAAGAAAACUGACAUCAAAAUUCCUGGGGUAUUUUUUAAUUAA